CGCAGCAGAAGUCGAGAAGUGCCAACAUGGCGUUUACGCUGUACGCCCUGAUUCAAACAGCGAUCUUGUUCACAAAUGCGAUCGCUGUGUUACACGAAGAAAGGUUUCUCAGUAAAAUCGGCUGGGGAGCAGAUCAAGGCAUUGGUGGCUUUGGAGAUGAGCCUGGAAUUAAAGCGCAACUUCUAAACCUAAUCCGAUCUGUCAGGACAGUCAUGAGAGUGCCUUUGAUAAUAGUAAAUUCAGUGUGCAUCGUUUUACUGCUGUUGUUCGGAUGAAGAAAGGAUGACGUUCGGGAUGGAACAAGAGCUAAAGGGCAAAAGGAAAUGGACUGUUUUUGUACAUGCUGUAAAUGUACCUAUUGCUUUCAGGUGUCUCACUCUUGCAAUGGUGGGAUUUAAGUAAUUGUUUACUAGUUGUAUAUCUCCAGAUAUCAACAGAUUUGAUUCUUUUUUUUGUGUGUGGUGUUUCUCAGUACAACUGUUGCUUUAAAGAGAACCCAAAUAACCACGUCUUUUUUUUUUCUUUUUUUUUUAAUAUAUAUACAUGAUUCCCUUUUAAUGUAUAAGAAUCUAGUAAACUGGCAUGAACACAUGCAAACAACUUUGUGUAUCACAGAACUCUUUAAAAAAGAAAGCAGUGGCACUGUCUCUGGGUUUUGGUGUGAUUGUCACCAUUUCAGUAAUAAUAGUGCACUCCAGGAAUAUGAGAGGUAAAAUCAAUGGUUAAAGGAGAGUGCUUUAUUUUGGGUCCUCUAACCAAAGGGAAAGUCUGUGUAUGUUGUGAUGGGCUGUUUAAAGCUGCUCUUAGUCAUCCGUUUGGCUGAACAGUAAGCUUUAAUGUAUGAUUGUGUCUAAAGACUGCUUUGAGCACAAAUAGCCUAGGCCUCUGAGACGGUCAAUAUGUUUGUCACAUUUUAAUAAAGAGAAUGUCUUUUCAUGUGC